AUGUCUCGGUUGGUUCUGCAUUGCAAAGUCUCAAGCUUGUCAAAGACGUGCCUCAGGGAUUUUGUCUCCUACGCUCCCUUUCGCGCAAGUUGUCGGGUUAGGGGACACCCCGUGAAGCUUACUAGGGGGCACCGGCAAUUCUUCAGUUCUGAGGCUACUAGUUUGAAGAAAUAUCGAUUACCAUAUCACUCGCUGCCUAGUCUUACAAAUACUUCCCGGAGAUUUGUUUGUUCAGUUGCAACAGAACCAGUAGCAAAGGAAGUUGAUAUGGAUGCACCCAAAGAGAUCUUUUUGAAGGAUUACAAGCAACCUGAUUAUUUCUUUGAGAAGGUGGAUCUUAGUUUCACACUGGGGGAGGAAAAAACAAUUGUUAGUUCAAAGAUAGUUGUCUAUCCAAGGAUCGAAGGUUCUUCUUCACCUCUAGUAUUGGAUGGUGUUGAUCUGAAACUGAUUUCUCUGAAGACCAACAGUAAAGAGUUGAAGGAUGGUGAUUUCCACCUAGACUCACGUCACCUAACUAUUUCCUCACCCCCGGUUGGUAAAUUCACUUUGGAGAUUGUAACUGAGAUACACCCUCAGAGUAACACUUCUUUGGAGGGGCUCUACAAGUCAUCAGGGAACUUCUGCACACAAUGUGAAGCAGAAGGCUUUCGGAAAAUUACUUACUAUCAGGACCGUCCGGAUAUCAUGGCAAAGUACACUUGUCGCAUUGAAGGUGACAAGUCACUUUACCCGGUACUGUUAUCUAAUGGGAAUCUUAUAGAGCAAGGAGACUUGGAUGGAAACAAGCAUUAUGCAGUAUGGGAAGAUCCUUUUGUGAAGCCAUGCUAUCUUUUCGCAUUAGUUGCCGGGCAAUUGGUGAGCCGUGAUGAUACUUUCACAACUCGUUUGGGCCGAAAGGUGUUACUUAGAAUUUGGACUCCCGCACAAGAUCUCCCAAAGACGGCCCAUGCUAUGUACUCUUUGAAAGCUGCAAUGAAAUGGGAUGAAGAUGUUUUUGGACUUGAGUAUGACCUGGAUCUUUUCAACAUUGUAGCUGUUCCAGAUUUUAACAUGGGAGCCAUGGAAAACAAAAGUCUGAAUAUUUUCAAUUCCAAACUUGUCUUGGCAUCUCCAGAAACUGCAACUGAUGCAGAUUAUGCUGCAAUUUUGGGUGUUAUUGGACAUGAGUACUUCCACAACUGGACAGGAAACAGAGUUACAUGCCGAGAUUGGUUUCAGCUUAGCUUAAAGGAAGGUCUCACUGUUUUCCGUGAUCAGGAGUUUUCUUCUGAUCUGGGGAGCCGUACAGUGAAAAGAAUAGCUGACGUUUCAACGCUUCGAAUUUAUCAAUUUCCUCAGGAUUCUGGUCCCAUGGCUCAUCCUGUGCGACCUCACUCUUAUAUUAAGAUGGAUAACUUCUAUACAGGUAAGAGCCUUUUCCUUUUUUUUUUUUUUCCUGUGUAUGAGAAGGGUGCUGAAGUUGUAAGGAUGUAUAAAACCUUGUUGAAUAGUUCUGGAUUUAGAAAGGGCAUGGAUCUUUAUUUUAAGAGGCAUGAUGGGCAAGCCGUGACAUGCGAAGAUUUCUUUGCAGCCAUGAGAGAUGCAAACGGUGCUGAUUUUGCCAACUUCUUGUUAUGGUACUCGCAAGCUGGGACACCUCGGUUGAAGGUUGUUACUGCAUACAAUACCGAAACUAAGACUUAUUCUCUUAAGUUCAGCCAAGAGAUCCCCCCUACCCCUGGGCAGCCAGUGAAAGAGCCAAUGUUUAUCCCUGUAGCCUUGGGUCUGCUCGAUUCCAAUGGCAAAGACAUUCCACUUUCGUCUCUAUACCAUAAUGGACAGUUGACUGAAAUCGCCAAAGAUUGUCAACCAGUUUAUACUACAGUUCUCAGGGUCACUAAGAAAGAAGAAGAAUUUGUUUUCAAUGACGUUCAUGAGCGGCCUGUGCCGUCUAUACUGAGGGGUUACAGUGCUCCUGUUCGUUUGGAUUCAGAUCUUACUGAUGCUGAUUUGUAUUUCCUCCUUGCUAAUGAUUCGGAUGAAUUCAAUCGGUGGGAGGCCGGGCAGGUUUUGGCUAGAAAGCUGAUGCUCAGCCUAGUGUCGGAUUAUCAGCAAAAUAAACCAUUGGUUCUCAACCCGCAGUUUGUGAGUGGAGUUAAAAGCAUUCUUUGUGACUCGAAAUUGGAUAAGGAAUUCAUUGCCAAGGCAAUAACUCUACCUGGCGAAGGUGAAAUCAUGGACAUGAUGGAAGUUGCCGACCCCGAUGCUGUUCAUGCAGUUAGAGCUUUCAUCAGAAAGCAGCUUGCUUCUGAAUUGACACCAGAGUUGCUCCACACUGUUCAAAGUAACAGAAGCUCAGAGGCUUAUGUCUUUGACCAUCCAAACAUGGCCCGACGUGCUCUUAAGAACGUAGCUCUGGCUUAUCUUGGGUCAAUUGAAGAUGAAGAGAUAACUCAGCUGGCAUUGCACGAAUACAACAUUGCCACGAAUAUGACCGAGCAAUUUGCUGCCCUGGCGGCUCUUAAUCAGAAGCCUGGUAAAACUCGGGAUGAGGUUUUGGCUGAUUUCUAUAAAAAGUGGCAGCAUGAUUUCUUGGUGGUAAAUAAAUGGUUUGCCCUGCAAGCCAUGUCUGAUAUACCCGGCAAUGUCGAGAACGUUCGUAAACUCUUGAAUCAUCCUGCCUUUGACUUGCGCAAUCCAAAUAAGGUGUACUCGCUAAUUGGAGGAUUUUGUGGGUCGCCUGUCAAUUUCCACGCCAAAGAUGGGUCAGGCUACAAAUUUUUGGGUGAGAUGGUUGUACAGCUUGACAAGCUGAAUCCUCAGGUGGCAUCUCGGAUGGUGUCAGCCUUUUCUAGAUGGAAGCGUUAUGACGAAACCCGCCAAAAUCUUGCAAAGGCUCAGCUGGAGAUUAUCCUGUCGGCGAAUGGGCUGUCUGAGAACGUGUUCGAGAUAGCCUCCAAGAGUUUGGCUGAUUGA